AUGUCGGAUCAACCUCUCUCCCAAGGCGAGGAGAACCAACCCUCAUAUGGCACCAAUGCAAAUCAAGCGCCGAGUUCAAGUAGAAAAAUGCAGGCAACCAAAGCACAAGUCGACGAGGUGGUGGAUAUAAUGAGGACAAACGUGGAAGCAGUACUCGAGCGGGACGCCAAAAUUUCAAUGAUGGACGAUCGUGCGGACGCGUUACACCAGGGAGCAAGUCAAUUCGAGACGCAGGCGGCGAAGCUAAAGAAUAAAUUCUGGCUUGAGAAUAUGAAAUACAUGAUCGCUCUAGGAAUCGUAGCAUUGAUCGUCAUUGGGGUUGCAGUGUAUAAUUACCAGGAUAACAAAGAAGCAAUCCAAGGUGCGAUGAAUGGCCAAGGUUUCGGACCAGCUCCAACUCAGUCGGCGGGAAUAGUGCCUACUCUGGCUCCAUCUGACGUAGGAGCUAUGGGUGCCGGCGGCGGCGUGCCCCAAGGACCAAGUUCCAUGUCUGCACCGGAAGCUCUCGGCCAGCCUGGUCAGCCCUCAGAAAGCGAUUCUCUUGCCUCUGGAGCAGAAAACGAUGACGCUGUCGUCCCUAAUGCUUCCCCUACUCUUUGA